UGACAUUCCCUCCCCUGUCCUGCUCUUCCCUCCGCCUCCUGUCGUCACCCCGAGACGUGUGUGGGAGCUCAAUAACAGCUGAAGCCCCGUCUGGGGGCUUCAUAAUCCUGGCGUGAGCUGCAGCAGCUCUGUUGCUCUGGAGGAUGCAAUAAGCAACUGGGAGCGGGAACUACUUCCAGUAAUCCUUCCCUGCGUGCCCUUCCUGCAGCUGGCCACGGAACAUGAAGGCUGGAUCCCUCCAGGUCCUGCUUGUGCUGAGCGUCUGGUGCCUGGUGACCCCGGCUGGAGGGCAACCCAAAGCACCUCUGAAGUGUUCAACAGAGUGUGGCCAUUUUAUAUCUAGGAUAGCGAUGAAGCGGAUAAGGAGCUACCGCAGGACGGAGCCCCAGUGCAGCAGAGAGGCCAUCAUAUUUAUUACUCUGAAGUCUAUGGAGGUUUGUGCAGAUCCAAAGGCAGAUUGGGUGAAGAUGAUCGUGGCGAGGCUGGACAAGGAGAAGGCCACAGGCUCCCCGCUCCCAGGUGGUGCCACCCCAGCAGCGGUGCCACGAGAGCCUGCUGGUUUUGAGAAACAGAUUGGUCUUACAGCAGCAGCUCCAUCUCAGUCUCAAGCCACUGCUCCCACUAGUUACUUCCAAGGGACUGACACAACAGUUUUGGAGAGAAUACGUGCUCCUGCUGCUGGGGUGGAGGCGUCCAGCAAGUCCCCACCAUCCACAGAGGACCCUGUCCAGCUCCCUGCAGGAUCAGCCCCCACGACAGGGGGUGCCACUGCCCGCUCUGAAGUCACUUCAGAAGCAAGCAGAGAUUCCUUAAGAUCUCCUGCACCUUCAGCAACCCUUGCAGCAGGCGUGGUCUCCAGCCAGCCCACCCUGCAUCCCACAGCUCCGGUGCAUGGCUUUGGCUCCACCACAGGGGCUGCAGGAGAACCCAUAGGACGUACUGCAAACACUGGGGCUGAUGUUCGAGGCACGACUUCUCCUAGCUCCAGUUCAGACCCCAUGGCCGUUCCUAAAGGAUCAGACCAUCCUUUGCUUUCUACAAAUAAAUCCCUGGGCCCUACAAGCACAGGAGCCAAUGCACCAGACGCUGCUUCCAGCAAUUUUAGUUCAGAUCUCCCCUCCAUCCUGGACAGCAUGGACACCACCACAGUCCCAGCCACACCAGUUCCACCAGCGGCUGCUUCAGCUUCUGCUCUAGACUCCACAACUGCCACAGGCAAAGGUCCUUCUGUCCGUACCAACGAGGCCAUCAGUUCCUCUGCAGAUGCUUUUGGCACUAGAACAUUUGAUUAUUCAUCGCCAGCAGGGAAGCAGGAGCCUUCGGCUACGUUAGCCUUUGCUAGUCGAGCCUUCUCAGGCCAAGCCAGAGUGCAGCUGCCGACAGCAAACCCGAAGGAUCUGCCCCUUCCCAGCUCCUUGUCAAGGUCUCAAAUGUACCUCGUCAUCCUGGUCUCCGUGGUGGUAGGUGGGCUGGUGGCUCCCAGCGUUGCUGCUGUGUGGCUGCAUCUAAAAUGUGGAGCCAAACCAGAAGAAAUGGCAGGAGAAAUGGUACAGGGCUUGCUCUACCACAAGAGGGGACAUCAAGGCAAUGUCUAUUCAAUGGAAGUAAUCUGAAUGCUUUAUGGCGUGGACAUUUUUGGCCUAAACUAUAUGUGUGUUGCUGUAGGAGAGUUCAGUUUAUGCUGAACUGGUGACCAGUAGGAAGAAAGCUGGGAAUAAACAUACCAGAGAAAACUGAUUUUUUUUUUUCAGAGCAGAAUGUCCAAAAAUAGAUCUAAUUUGUCAUUGAUCAAUGACAGGAUUCUGGAAAUAAAUGAGAUGCUUUUUUUCUUCUGCCGCUGUUACAUACAAAGGCUGUUGCUGUCCUAGAGCUGCUUGGUGGCUCUUUUCCGCUUUGCACCUGGUGGUGGGCAGAAGGGAGUUUCCCAACUGGUGUUGGGAAUUUUUCUGCGUUUCAUCAUGGCCCAGCCAAGAAGCCACCCACUCACUCAUGCUGCUGGACUUGGGCUCGGCCACCUUCAGCAUCUUUAACACCAAAACCACACAAUUUGCACUUAAAGUCUCUGCUGCUGCUUUCUUUGCACUUUAGGUCACCACUCUGUCAGACCAGUAUGGGUGCUGGUGAGCAGCUGUAUACUGGUUCACCUCGGACUGACCAAAUACGCCAUUUGCUCUUGCUAGAGAUAAGGGGGGAGACAAAACCUGCCCUUGGUUAGGGGGUGGAAGGUCAGCACUGCUGAUUUCAAUCCAGAGGAGCCAGCAACCCCAAAUCGAUCUCCUCCUUGAAAUCAGGCCACUCUCCUCCUUCUUGCAUUUCUUCUUGCAGAUUUAGUCUGAGACUUGGCUGUUAGCAAAAUCAACGGGAAGAAAACCCUCCUGCGAGCUCACGUGCCCUGUGUCCAGCCGCAUCCGACGUCUGGGCAGGAUAAUGCGGAUGAGCCUUUGAAAUGGGAGAAAACAAGAAGACACCCCACAAUUUUUCUAUUCCUGUAAUAACUUUGGAGGGUUGUUGCAGUUCUCUGUAAGCACAAACCCCAGGAAUUGUUCUCCUGGAGGAGCCAAAUCCAGUUCUGGCUUUAGUCCCAGAAGAGCUGCUGCACCACAGCAGACAUGCCAUGCUUCUGGUCCCAGACUCUCUCCAGAAACAAGCGUGUUUGCUGAUCCACAGAAAAGCACAAAAUACCUGUUCAUACUGCUACACUUCAGCAGCAUUUCAGUUUUUCGGUUUGGGAUAGCACUGAUCACCAGACUGUUAAAGCACUGUACCAGGCCUUUUUUUCUUAACUCAGAUUGGUCUUGAUUUUUAUCCAUGGAGGCACUGCUGUAUGUACGCCUUACCUUUUCUAUGUGGUCAGCUCCUGAAAUCCCUGGUUAAACAAUGACUCUAGGACAAAUUACUCUGGAGCGUGCACAGGUCUCCACAUUGUGAUGCUUUGUAGAUAGCGCUAUGUAUCCAGGGUCAGAUCCUCCUCUAACCAACCGCAGCGGAUCAGAUCCCAAAGUAUAAAUACACAUGCAGGAAAAAAGAAAGCAAGACCACAUAAUAAGCAAGAUAAUCAAAGGAAAAAUGAUGGGCCAGCUGUAAAGCAGAGCUGGGGGAAGGCGGCCUAUUACAUCCAUCAGAUUGCACCUUCAGGGCGUCUAUCCAGCCCUGGAGGCGGAGAGGACAGACUGCAGCAGCGCUGGUUUUCUGCCAUCAUUCCAUCCCUUAUUUCUGCCUUUUGCUGGCUUGGGAGAGGGGAGCCAGGGAUUCAGCUCAGGCUUUGCAACAAGUACAGAAUGCAAUCAGAUUAAUUGUAAUUAGGAAUCUGGGGUGAAGCCCCCCUGCCCCCCCCCAUGCAGCAGCACUCCUGUGCAGCCCAGCUGUGUAACACUUACCUGGAGGGUGGCUCAGGGGCUGUCAGCACCCCACACACCGCCGGCUCCUGCGUGGCAGGGGUCUGUGACCUGGCAGCUCAUGAGGCAGUGUAUUAUGGCAUUAUUUUUAUAUGAAACACUAGAAAUGUUAUUUUUGUAGUAAAGUUGUGUAGCCGUUUGACUGUA